AUGGCGACGCACGCGGGCUGGGUCGCCCCCGCGGCGGCCUUCGCGCGCGCGAAGGUCGCGUCGGGAUCGCGAGGACGGCGCGUCGUCGCGCGACGGUCGGCGCGCGCGUCGAGCGACGCCGCGACGCGCGCGUCGUUCGUCGGCGCUGCCGCGCCGACGUCCAUGUCGACGACGACGCGUCGCGUCGUCGUCGCCGGGGGGCGCGCGACGAGACGCCGCCGCGCGCCGGAGAAGGAGACGCGCGCCGCGGCGCGGCAUCGCGCGCGCGCGGCGCUGUCCGAUCCGCCCGGCGAGGAGACGACGACGACGACGACCGCGGCGUCGUCGUCGUCGUCGUCGUCGUCGUCGUCGUCGCCGCCCGCGGCGCCGUCGUUCAACGGCGCCGCGAACGGCGCCGAGGCGCACUCGCAGACGCUUCCGCCGCUCACGCCCUCCUCGCACCAGAACCGCUUCGACCUCACCGUCGUCGGCUGCGGGCCCGCGGGCCUCGCCGCGGCGGACCGCGCGAGCGCGCUCGGCCUGCGCGUCGCGCUGAUCGACCCGUCGCCGCUAUCGCGAUGGCGGAACAACUACGGCGUGUGGGUGGACGAGUUCGAAGAUCUCGGCCUCGCCGACUGCUUCAACGUCGUCUGGCCCAAGGCGUCCGUGAUCAUCGACGGGCCCAGCGACGCGACGCGCCCGGAGGGGAUCCCGCUCGCGCGGCCGUACGCGCAGGUGAACCGCGUCGCGCUCAAGGACAAGCUCCUGGAUCGGUGCAUUAAGCAGGGCGUCGUCUUCGGCGUCGCGGCGUGCGCGGGCGUCGACCACGAGGGCUCCGACCGCGGGUCCGUGGUGACGCUGGACGCGUCCGGGUGCGGCGACGACGCGCCCGCGGAUCAACCGAUCGAGGUGCACAGCAAGCUCGUGCUGGACGCGACCGGGCACGCGCGGCGGCUCGUGGAGUUUGAGCGGGAGUUUAACCCCGGGUACCAGGUCGCGUUCGGGAUCAUGUGCGAGACGGAGGAGCCGCACGGGUUCCCGCUGGACACGAUGUUGUUCAUGGACUGGCGGGACUCGCACUUGGACGAUAAGCAUCGCGCGAUGAACGACGAGCACCCGACGUUUCUGUACGCGAUGCCGUUCUCGGAGACGCAGAUUUUCUUCGAGGAGACGAGCCUCGUGGAGCGCCCUGGGUUGGAGUUCGACGAUCUCAAGGUGAAGCUUCGACAGAGGCUCGAGAAGCUCGGCGUGUGCGUGAAACGCGUGGACGAGGAGGAGUACUGCUUGAUACCCAUGGGGAGCGUGCUGCCGACGCUGCCGCAGCGGACGCUCGGGAUCGGCGGCACCGCGGGGAUGGUGCAUCCGUCCACGGGCUUCAUGGUGUCGAAGACGUUGUUAUCCGUGCGGUCUCUCGUCGACACGCUCGCGAAGGAGUUGAAGGAUGCCGAAAAAGCCGGCGUGGAGGCGAACGUGGACGACGUCGCGCGAAGCGUGUGGGGGUCCGUGUGGCCCGAGGACGAGCUCAGGAUGCGAACGUUCAUGUGCUUCGGGAUGGAGACGCUGAUGGAGCUGGAUAUCAAAGGCACGCGGCAGUUUUUCGAGACGUUUUUCAAGAUGGAGCAAGACAUCUGGGGCGGGUUCCUAUCGUGGCGGAUACAACCCCUCGGGCUCGUCAAGCUCGGCGCGGUCCUCUUCGCCAAGUUCAGCAACUACAUGCGAUUUAACUUCGUGUGGAGCGCGCUGCCGUUCAUGGCGAGCUUCCUCAAGUCGUUCGCGACGGCGGACAACGCGUUCGACUCGAACAAGUGGGGCGGGUUGGCGCUCAAGAGGACGAAGCCCGGCGCGGAGACGGUGCCGGGGCAAGGCCCGAUCCCUCGCCCGGACGCGGGGUCGUCGACCGGUCGCGACGGCAACCCGGCGGCGGCGCCGAUCACGUCGUCGUCGCUCGACUUCGAAUCCCUCGUCGGCGGCGACGUGAACACCCCGAGGGUGGCGUCGUCGCUGCGUCCCGACCGCGAGUGGAUCGAGUUUCAGCAGCGCAAGGCGUUCGCGGAUCAGGCGCGUUCAUAUUUACACUGGUCCCCAUACGACCGCGUCCGCGCGGCGCCCAUCGCGGACGCGCUCCCGCCGCUCGAGACGGACGGCGCCGACGUCGUCGACGUCCUCGUCGUCGGCGCCGGGCCCGCGGGGCUCGCGGUCGCCGCGGAGAUGGCGAAACGCGGCGUCUCCGUGGGCCUCAUCGCGCCGGACGCGCCGUUCGUGAACAACUACGGCGUCUGGCUCAACGAGUUCGAAGACCUCGGUCUGAAGCACUGCCUCCUGCACGAGUACGACGAGGCUCUCGUGUGGUUCAACGACUCCGACCCCGCGGGUGGGAUAUCCCUCGGAAGAGGGUACGGGCAGGUGUGCCGCCGCAGGCUGCGCGAGGAGCUGUUGGGGCGGUGUAAAGACGCGGGGGUGAAAUACCUCCCGGGGUUGGUGGACACGCUGACGCACGGCGACGGCGCGUCGGGCGAGCCGAGCGUGGUGACCGGGACGCUUCUCGCCGGAGCGGGCGACCACGGCGGCGGCGAAGGCGACGAGGGCGAGGAUGGCGCGACUUCGGCUUCCUCCAAACACAAGGCGUUCGUGUGUAAGGCCAAGGUGGUCGUCUGCGGCACGGGACAUAACAGGGACAUGCUGAGGUACGAGCGAGGGCAGCCGCCGGGGUGGCAGACGGCGUACGGGAUCGAGGUGAAGAUGCCCGGGCACCCGUUUCCGCCGAACAAGGCGGUGUUUAUGGAUUUCCGACAGUCGGACCCGGAAGUGUCGGACACAGACGCGGACGGAAUGUGGCGCGUGCCGUCGUUCCUCUACGUCCUCCCGGUGGACGAGGACACGGUGUUCGUGGAGGAGACGUGCCUCGUCGCGCGCGUGCAGGUGCCGUUCGACGAGCUCAAGCGGCGUCUCUACCGCAGACUCUCCAGGAUGGGGCUCGGCGUGGAGAAGGAAAAUAUCAUCGAGGAGGAGGCGUCGUGGAUCCCGCUCGGGGGCACGCCCCCGGUCGCGCCGCAGAGGACGCUCGCGUACGGCGCCGCUGCCGGACUCGUGCACCCGGCGAGCGGGUACUCGAUCGUGAACUCGCUGCGAACGGCGCCCGCGUUCGCCGACGCCGUCGUGAACGGCUUGAAAACCGGCGGCGCCGUCGCCGCCGCGGAGGCGGGCUGGGACACGCUGUGGGGCGACGAACCGAGGCGACAGAUUGGGUUUUAUCAGUUUGGCAUGGAGCUCCUCAUGUCGCUCAGGAUCGAGCAGAUGCGGAACUUCUUCAAGACGUUCUUCGGGUUGCCCACGCGCCUCAGCGCGGGUUUCCUCUCCAACGACCUCUCCUCCGUUCAGCUGCUGCAGUUCGCGUUCAUGUGCUUCGUGCAAGGGAACAACGCGCUGCGCGCGCUGCUGCUGACGCACCUCGUCAGCGCGGGCGCGGGCGUGCGGUUGGGGCAGGCGUACGCGUACCCGCUCCUGAAAGCCGCGGGCGUCGCGAGCGUCGGCGAGGAGGAGGGCGGCGGUGGCGGCGGCGGCGGCGGCGCUUCCGUCGCGGGCGCGAUUAUUAACCGCAAGGCGCCGCCGCAGGACCCAAACUUCGUGUCGUACGCGAAGGACCUCGUCGCCGCGGAGAAGAAAGGGAUGAUGCCGGGGUUCCAGGCGAAGGAGUGGUGGCUCGUCGGGUCUGGCGAUAGCGAGCGCGCGAGCGGGGACGACGACGAGGACGGCGGCGGUUACGGCGGUGGCGGCGCCGGCCGAACGACGGAACUCCAAACCGCGGCCGUCGCCGCCGCCGCCGGCGGCGGCUCCUCCUCCUCCUCCUCCGCCGCCGCCGCCUCCAUGGUCGCGGACGAGGGCAGCACCGCCUACUGGAGCAACGGCAGCGCCGCGCUCGUCGUCUCCUCCGCCGUGCGAAACACCGGCGUCGGCGCCGCCGACCUCUACGGCACGACGCGUCGCAAGUUCCUCCCGGACUCGUUGCUCGCGUCGCUCGGCCCCUCAACGGUCGUCCCCGCGUACCUCACCGGCGAGCUCCCCGGGGACGUGGGCUGGGACCCGCUUCAGAUGGGCGCGCAGCGCGACCUCACGAAGCUGCGCGAGCGCGAGCUGAUCCACGGCCGGUGGGCGAUGCUCGCGGCGGUGGGGGUGUUGACCCCGGAGCUGACGGCGAAGCUCGGCGUCUUCGGCGCGCCGGGGUCGCACUGGUGGAACACCGCGAUCAACUUCCCCACCGAAGGCGGCCUCGCCGGCGCGGAGCUGACGUACUUGGGGGAGACGAUCCCGUUCGGGCUGUUUUGGCUGCCGAUCAUUCACCUCCCGGUGUUUUUCGUCGCGGAGAUGUUGCGAACGGGGAAGUACGAGGUUGAGCGAUUUCGCGGGUUGGAUCGGAUGUAUCCCGGGGGGUCGCUGUUCGAUCCGCUCGGGAUCGGGCGGGACAUCGACGAGACGGAGUUGAAGGUGUUGAAGACGAUCGAGAUCAACCACUGCCGGCUGGCGAUGACGGCGUCGUUCGGGUUCAUCGUGGAGGCGGCGCUGUGGGGCGCGGGGCCGCUGGAUUGGUUGCCGUGACGACGCAAGCAGAGAAGGAAAAAAAAGAAGACGGAAGAAGCGUUCGAUAAUAAUACACCAAUACACCAAUACACC